AUGCCCACGGUCAAUCCCGAUAUCGUUAGCGAGACUGGCGGCUCUCUCGGCCGGAACGCUGAGGUGCAGAGGAGGAGAAGGUUGAUUCAACCCAGCGUCCGUAAACCCGCUGCCAAGAUUACCGUACGAUCAGCAAGACCUCUUGCGAAGCCACAGAUGCUGACUUGCCCAUCCGAGCAAAAGAAGAAACAGACGAAGAAGGUUCCUCCCCGCGGCUCAAUCCGUGACUUUCCAUGCCGGCAGUGCGUCGCCCGCGCCAACAAGGCUCCCGGCCAUGAAUGCGCCUCCCAAAACAGUACGUUUGAAUUUCCGAGGCUAUACACCUCGUACGCUGACCUCCACGGCGCAGAUACGGGUGCUGCGUGCUGGGACUGCGCAAAGAACGGCCACACAUGCAGGCCGGUCCCUGAUGUGGCUCUUGCUGCCGUGCGUGCCUUUUGGGACCUGAACCGGCAGCUCAGCGGCGCGCACGAUGAACCGGACGAGGCCUGGCGUGCUGCUGCGCAGCGGGCAGCACAACAAUUACGAGCUUGCGGCAGUGGUGCGGUCUCUCCUGGUACUCCACGACCAGCUCCUGCCUUGGCUUCGUUUGGCGAAGUAGCUUCGAGGAGCUUCGAGGAAAGAAAGCUUACAGCGCUGGAGACAAUCGCUGACGCUGCUCGGCUCUGGAUUCAGCUCAAUCAACCGGACGAUGAGGAGGAGGAUGGGGAGGAGGACUAG